UUGGAGAGGAUUUCAUUUCCAUAAAACGGCAUGAUUGGUCCAUCACUUCAUCAAUUUUCACAGGGAUGCACAAUGAUUGAAUUGGAUUGAAACCAUUAUCCAACUGAUGUGAAUGAUUUCUAUAAAAAUGGAACCAUAACCAAAUCGAUACGUCUUCAAAACCAAAUCAAUAGGCAUGGAUCAGAUUAGUUUGAAUUGGAUCCGUGUGCAUCCUAAGUUUCCACCUCCACAAUGCAAAUUGGGCUCAAUUUCUAUGAAUUAAAAUAUUGGGCUUGGCUCUCCUAUGAUCUCAACAGCGCUCGGGCUCGCCCAAGCUUUAAUUUUCUUCUUCCUAGUCCAUUUCCUUCAUUUUUCGUAGUCCGUACAGCUUCAGUCUCCGCUACCGACCGUUGAGACGAGAAUGCAGCAGGACUCACCAUCGAAGCCUAACCCGGACUCGUCCGAGUUGGGAAUCGGGCAGCGAGUCCACUCGGCUGGGGACUGCCGGCGAAUCGGGACGGUGAAGUACGUAGGGGUCGUGGAAGGCUAUUCAGGGGAAUGGGUUGGCGUGGAUUGGGACAAUGAAGAUGAAGGCAAGCACGAUGGUUCCAUCAAUGAGGUUCGCUAUUUCCAAGCGAAAUCAGCUAAGUCGGCUUCUUUCGUUCGGCCCAAGAACUUGAGCACUGGCAUUUCUCUGUUGCAAGCUCUCGAGAUCCGAUAUCGGACCACUUCCACCAAAGAAGAAGAAGAUGAAAUGUAUGUUCUCUCUGCAACAAACAAACGAGUAUCAGUUCAACUUCUUGGUAAAGAUAAAAUUCAAGAUAAACUGAGUCGCUUCGAAGAGUUGACAGGUGCAUCACUUUCUUAUUUAGGUGUUAGCACUCCAGGAUCCCAAUGUCAAAUCAGUACCAUUGUGCCAAAUCUAAAGGAGCUCGAUUUGACUGGAAAUCUGCUUUCAGAAUGGGAAGAUGUAGGCACCAUCUGCAAACAGUUGCCGGCCCUUGUUGCUCUCAAUCUGUCUAACAAUUUUAUGGCACGGGAUAUAACCCGGCUACCCCUGCUAAGUAACAUACGCAUUUUAGUUUUAAACAACACUGGCAUAAAUUGGAUGCAGGUUGAAAUACUUGAACAUUCACUUCCAGUUAUUGAAGAGCUACAUCUGAUGGGAAACAAAUUACGGGCAAUAACGCCUACAUCCUCCACUAUUGUACAAGGAUUUCAUUCCCUGCGGCUUCUGAAUUUGGAGGGUAAUUGUAUAGCUGAUUGGGAUGAUAUCUUGAAGCUUGAUCAACUAAGAAGUUUGGAGCAGCUUUAUUUGAAUAAGAACAAUUUGAAACGCAUCUGGUACUCUGACCAUAAUGGAAUGCAUGCACUGCCCAAUGGUUCUGAAUCAAUUGAGAAAAGCUAUAAACCUUUCCAAAGUUUACGUUGCCUUCUUCUAGGAAGUAAUAACAUUGAGGAUCUGGCAUCUAUUGACUCACUCAAUUCUUUCCCUUCUUUGAUGGAUAUAAGGCUUUCUGAGAAUCCCAUUGCCGAUCCUGGGAGAGGUGGAGUGCCAAGAUUUGUUUUGAUUGCUCACUUAGCAAAAGUUGAAGUUUUAAAUGGGAGUGAAGUUAGUCCUCGAGAGCGGAAGGACUCUGAGAUUCGUUAUGUUCGCCUAGUUAUGUCAAAGUUGCAUGGCAAGCCAGAAGAAAUUAAGCAGCUCCACCCCCGGUUUGAUGAGCUUAAAGGUUUUCAUGGAAUUGAGGAUGAAAAGGCAUCAACCAGAGCAGCAGGCCCUCAGAAAAUGGCUGCAGGACUAAUUUCUGUCACUUUGAAAUGCAUGGGAGCAUCCAUUGGUGAAAAACUCCCAUUAACAAAAAAACUGCCAGCAACAACCACGGUUGGCAAGCUGAAGAUUCUUUGUGAGAGCUUUUUCAAGCUAAAAUUCAUUAAGCCGAAAUUGUUUCUUCAGGAAGAGGUUUCCCCGUUACCGACAUUGCUUGAUGAUGAUAUGGCAUCAUUGGUUGACCUCAGAAUUGGCAAUGAUUCAACCAUCCUGGUAGAUGAAGAAUAAAUUUGCUGUGGUCAUUCUGCUACUCUGUACUUGAGGAAGCUGAGUGGCAAUCCCAGGGGCUGGCUUCAAAGUUUCUCGAAUAUGAUAGCAAAUGAACAUUUGAGGAGUCGGGACUCGCCAACUCGAAGAUUUAUAUUGGAAUGAAGACGAUGUUUUGGUACCUUUUUUGAGUGUGUUGCGAUCACUGGAAUCUUCCGUUGAAGAAUUUUGGAGCAACUGCUAGAACAUUGUUUCUUUGUUUGCAGCUUUAAAACAGGGUCUCUUGAACAUUUUUAUUAGUGGGUUUUGUUUUUUGGGCACUGACUUGAGCCCAAACUCCCCUAGACUACAUGGAUCCGUUAAAACCCAUCAAAAUGGAUCGAACAAAAUCCAACUUUGUGGAAAAAAAACUCCCAAGUUUCCCGGGAAACAAACACGUGCGCAUAAUUUUUGUGUCAUAAUUUCAAUUAGAUUUUUGGCCGGAUUAAUAUACACUCUAGCAAGAAGCUAGUUCAACAUUUUUUACCCCCUCUUUUUUGGGGGACAGUGAGAUAAUAAAACUCAUACCCUACCGUUAAAUUGGUACCAUGUCAUAUUGAACUGAUCACAUUGAUCUAUAUAUUUUUUAUACCUUUGACAA